AUGCCAGAUGCUACAGAGAUUGGUAUUUACCAAUGCGGCUUCUGCAAAGCAGAGUACAAGCGGGCAGACCAUCUUGUUCGCCAUGUACGAAGCCACACAAAACAACGACCCUUUCUCUGUUUGGUGUGUGGCAAGGGCUUUAGUAGGCAAGAUUUGCUGAAACGCCACGCCACAAUUCAUCAUACACAAGUAUUAGCAGGAGGAGAGCCCUCAAGGAGCGCUCGAAACGGCCCCCGUGUUCACCAGGCUUGUCGAUCUUGCGCGGCCAAGAAGCUAAAAUGCACUGAUGAGAAGCCGUGCAAGCGAUGCCGCGAGAGAGGCGUGUCCUGCAAGGAGCAAAGUGAGGAGACAUCUGGAACCCUCCCGCCUGGACAGCCUGCCUUGUCGGACCCAACUACGCCGACGUCUGCCAUGGAGUUUAACUUACAGACAGACAUCCUAAUACCCUCCGGGACUGAUGAUACAACCAUUACAGAAACUUUAUUAGCAUCUAAUUCUCAGAAACUGGCAGACAUCAUUCAAGAUGUCUUAGGGGUCCCCGAUGUCGGCCACUUUAGGCAGGAUGAUUCGGCGUUUCCCCCCUUCGACAAUACGGAUUUCUCAUUCCUCGAUGUCCUGGAUAUGUCAGACAAAGUGCCGUCCAACAUUUCUCCAUCCAGAAUCCCCAGCGCUCCCGAGUCUAAUAUUGGAGUCGGGUCAGAAGCUUUCCAAAAGUCUUCUGUUAUCUCUGGUUGGGAUCCUCAUGGGGAAGUUGACAUUAGGUCUCCCCACGAGGAUUUGGUCUUGCCGAACAACAGUAUCAGACCAGAAGAUCUGUCGUCUCCAGGCACAGUAUCAGGGUUAGAGACUACAAUUAUGUCCUUGGCCACAAGAGAUCAAAUAAUGCACAUGAUUCUGCGAAGAGCACCCAAGAAUCUUGCUUCCUGUAUAAUAGAGACAUUUCCGACUCCUGAAAUUCUGACGAGCAUCAUCCUAUAUGGGUUGACUCACAUGAGAGAAACCAUGGCGUCUUCUUUUAUCCAUGAACCAUCAUUUGACAUCAACAAUGAGAGGCUUGAGUUACUGGGGGCUUUGAUUGCUUAUGGGUCUGUCUGUUCUCCAUCACCUGCACUACGCCAUUUUGGGUACGCUGUCCAGGAUAUGUUGCCAAGAGUCAUCAAUGAUCUAGUCGAGGAGGACGAUACGGCAAGGCGUGACCUUGGUGUUGCUCAAGCAUUUUACAUCCAGCUCUACCUCGCCUACUGGAGUGCUAUAUGUCGAAAAAUCGAAGUCGCAGAGACAAGCACACUUUUGGGGGCUACAUCUCUUCGCAGAGGCCACCAUUUUCGCAAUGAAAGCUAUGAAGCCCCGGAAACUUACCUGUGCAUGUCAGAACUAUCCUUAGAUCAGAAGUGGGCAUGUUGGAUAGCAAAGGAGUCAAUGAAACGGCUUGCAUACUUUGCCAUGACACUCGAUGCCAGUAUGACCCUGGCGAGAAAGAUGCCUCCUGUCUUUUCGUAUGCGGAAAUGUCUAUUCCACUGCCUGCUUCGAUGGAUCUCUGGGCAGCAACUACGUGCCAGGAAUGGCAGAAACUUCUUUUACAGAGAGACAAUUUGAGAUUGACUCAACCUCCUCCACUGUCUAGAAUAUUACGACAUCCGUAUGCGGUAGGAGAACACUUCGAUAUGGUGGAUACCCAGUUCACCAUUCACAUCUUUCUGUCUGGCUUCUGGGCCUUGGUCCUAGAAUACCAACAGUUAAGUUCUCUUUCUAAAGACGCAGGGAUGCACGAUUUUGUGCUCAAUUCUAGACACUCCGAGCUGGUAUCGACAUUGGAACAGUUUAAAGCCGAAGUCAAGGCGCGGUCAAUAUUGUGUCCGCAAAUGGAGAUCCUUCGGGAACUAUUCUGCCUGCACCUGCAUGUCUCAUUUGAUAAGGUUGCCAGUUAUGCGGGCCGAGGCAGUGAGGAGGAUACUCGAUCGGCCGUGCCAUAUGUGCAGCGAUGGUUCGACAAUCCCAAGGCUCGAGAUUCAUUGUGGCACGCGGGGCAGGUUUUCAACGCUGCUAAGAAGCACGCCAAAAAGCAUUUGGCUGACAUGGGUGUCGUUGCUCUGUAUCAUGCCGCGGUGGUUCUUUGGGUAUGGGCGCUGUUACGGAAGACCCAACAACCGCACGACGAGGUCGCUUUGCCUCAGGUGGCCAUCGAUGGAGAUGAUAAUCUAGCUCUGUUUAAACUACACAAUGGCUGGCAAGGCCAGCUAGUAUUAACGGAUCGGGCAGGCCAAUUGAUUCCUCUGACCGAGCCUGCCCUGGUGACGGAUCUUGCCCGGGAUAUUAUCCUCUCCAAUUGGGGUAAUGAGCCGGUGCCAAUCACAACCCAAGAAGUCCUAUGUAUCAUGGAGCGAUUUUCGGAUAUAACGAGAAAACGAUUCAGCCAUAUCUAG